CAACAAGAAAUGUAGUAAACGGCACAGGGCCUCGAGGAAGUGACAGAGAAAACGCACGCCUGGUGGUAUUUGUUGUUGUUGUUCGCAACUAUAGCUGUGGAAAUUUCGGAUAAUUAGAGAAACGCUUUUCUGCAUGGGAGUCACCCGUCUGCUCUCUGGAUCCUGCUUGUAGUUUCUAUUUGGUCACGUCAGCCCCCUUCAUACACAUGAGUGCUGUUUUCUCCUCGCGCUGGGCCGAGCGCCAUGCCUGACCGGGACAGUUCCUACCUGUCAGGUGGUGGUGGGAGUGCUGGUGGUCUGGGCGAGGACGGAGGACCUGGGUCUGGUUUGGUAGGGGGCUCGACAGAGGGUCGAGGAGGUUCAGGAGGAAGUGUUGGUGGAAACGUCUCUGGCUCCGGGAGCAUGGGGGGAGGAGGGGCGCUUGGAAAUGGCAACAGCUGUGGGAACGGUGGAGGUGGGGGGCACGGUGCAGGACUGGCGUUGGACGGUGUCUGCAGGGACUUCAUACGCAAUGUCUGCAAGAGGGGGAAGCGCUGCCGCUUUAGACACCCAGACUUUAAUGAGGUGCCAGAUUUGGGAGUGCAAAAGAACGAAUUCAUCUUCUGUCAUGACCACCAGAAUAAGGAGUGUAUGCGCUCCAACUGCCGCUUUGUCCAUGGAUCUAAAGAGGAUGAGGACUAUUACAAAAAAACAGGAGAGCUACCCCUCAGACUAAGAGGGAAAGUUGCUGCACGACUGGGCCUGUCCCCCAUGGAUCUCCCCCAUAGCCGUGGGGAGGUCCCUAUCUGCAGAGACUUCUUGAAAGGAGAGUGCCAGAGGGGCAAUAAAUGUAAAUUUCGCCAUGUCAAAAAAGACUAUGAAUAUGAGCCUUCCAGGGUUGGAGUAGGUGGUGUUGUGGGGCCAGGUGCCAGUGGAAUGGUAAAUGCUGGGGGAGGGAUAGGUGUUGGAGGAGGAGGUACUUGUGGAGGAAUGCAAGGACUUGUGGGAGGUGGAGGUGGAAGUAAUAUAAUGGGGAUGGGUUGCCCCAGCCUGGGCGGCUGCAGAGAUCCAGUUAUCUCUGGAGUUGGGGGAGUAGGUGCAGGUGGGAUGACUGGCUGUUUGUCCAUAAGUUCUUCAGGGCAGCGGCGUUAUGACAGGAGCUCGUGCUCAGUGUAUGACCCUCUGCUUGAAAGUGGGCUGUUUGAUCCUAGCUCCCUAGAAGCCUCUAUGGACCACACCGCUCUGCAGAUUAAGAGACGGCGGCUGGAGGGGUUGCGCCUGGCAGAUGGGAGUGGAGGUGGGCACUAUGAGCUGGGACUUCAAGCCACCUUGCCACCGCGUCCUUUGGAGUACAGGUUCCUGGAGGAAGAAAACUCCCUGCUGAGGAAGAGAGUGGAAGAGUUGAAAAAGCAGGUUUCAAAUCUCAUUGCCACAAAUGAGGUUCUUUUGGAGCAGAAUGCCCAGUUCCGAAACCAGGCCAAGGUGAUGACGCUGUCCUCCACUCCUGCUCCCACUGAGCAGAGUAUGGCCCCCCCUGUGGGUGCAGUAAGUUCCUACAAUCAUGGCAUCGCACAGACUCACACAACCCUGAGCAGCGCUGGACUGCAGCCUCGGCCUGUCACCCAGCAAGACCUGGUCGCUCCCACUGGCGCCCCCGCAGCGCCCCCGACUAAUGCUGCCCCACCUACAGCCCCUCCGCCCCACCUAAACCCUGAGAUCACGCCCCUCUCGGCCGCCCUUGCGCAGACCAUUGCCCAAGGGAUGGCACCACCUGUUUCUAUGGCACCGGUGGCUGUAUCCGUGGCCCCAGUGGCAGUGUCCAUGACGCAGCCUCUACCUGGCAUCACCAUGAGUCACGCCACCACCCCGAUGGUGUCCUACCCCAUUGCGAGUCAAAGCAUGAGGAUCACCACUCUGCCUCACUAACUGAUUCAUUACAGCACUGUAGUACCCUCAUGUCAGACUGUAGCAUCCUUAACAGGGAUUUUUAACAUAUUGUCUUCUUUUAUGUGUAUGAGACUUAACUGAUAACAGAAGAGUGAUGGUACUUCUCCACCAGAGGGCAGGAUGAAGGCUGCUCUGUUCAGCCUCCUUCAGCAACAUCACAAAUACAUUUCUUCCUACAGACUGACCCAAACAGACCUUUUCAAGCAUGGGCACAAAAAAUGGACUAAACACACUGCAAAUGUGUGAGCUCUUCUAUAGUGUUUCAACCAUUUCUGCAAGGCCGCUGUGCCAUCGUUGUGGACAUGUGAAGCCAUUUGUGUUUCUAUUUUUGUGAAUCGCUCUGGUGUAAAUUAACUUUGGUACUUUGCGCAUUUAAAAAAAAGAACAAACACUCAACAAUGAA